AUGCCAGUCGCAACACAGGCAUCGCUCAAAGGGUUGACACCACAUCAGCUUGCAAGAACGGGGUGCAAUCUUUGCCUGAACAAUACCUACCAUCUGGGACUUAAGCCUGGCCAGGAGACACUGGAUAAGAUUGGCGGAGCGCACAAGCUACAAGGAUGGUCUGGGAACAUCUUGACGGACAGCGGUGGCUUCCAGAUGGUCUCUCUGCUCAAGCUAGCGCAAGUGACAGAAGAAGGUGUGCGCUUUCUGUCACCGCACGAUGGCACCCCUAUGCUGCUCACUCCUGAGCAUUCCAUCUCCCUACAAAAUAGCAUCAGGUCAGACAUAAUCAUGCAGCUCGACGACGUCAUUGCCACCACGUCGGCUGAUGGGGCACGCAUGGAGGAAGCAAUGGAACGUUCAGUGCGUUGGCUCGAUCGCUGCAUUGCGGCACAUCGAAAGCCGGAGAGCCAAAACCUCUUCUGCAUCAUCCAAGGAGGUCUGGACCUAGAAAUGAGACGCAAGUGUUGCGAAGAGAUGAUCAAGAGAGAUACGCCAGGCAUUGCAAUCGGCGGUCUGUCUGGUGGCGAAGCUAAAGAUGCAUUUUGCAAAGUGUACUCACACCGCUUUUCACGUUUCGCUGCCCUGCAGAUGUAG